AUGACUAUCAACUAUCUGGGGGAGGAUGAAUGGCCGGUGAAAGAGAUCGUCUAUACGGCCAUCGUGGGACUAGUCAUGCUUGCAGCAUGUCUCGAGUGGUUCUUAUGGAUCGCAGCGUUCAUGUAUUGCCUCGUGAAGGUAUUCAUGAAGGCAGAACACUGGACGGUUAGGGUGUUAUGUAUCUUCCUACCCAUCAUGAUCGUCACCCUCCCACUCCCAAGCCAAGUCGUCAAAGUCUGGCCAACAGCCAUGGUCGGCUUCCUACAAUGGUUCGCCUUCUACAGCUUCGCCGGCCUGCUCACUAUUCCCUGGCUCUUCUGCGUCUACCAAAUCGUCACUCACCAACUGGGCCGCACCAAGCGCAUCAAGCAAGUCCUCGACGAAGUGUCCGCGCCCAAAGUCGUCAUCGUCAUGCCCUGCUACAAAGAAGACCCCGAAGUGCUUAUAACGGCCAUCGACUCCGUCGUCGACUGCGACUACCCUCCUUCCUGCAUCCACGUCUUCCUCUCUUUCGACGGCGACCAAGAAGACGAGCUCUACCUGAACACCAUCGAGAAGCUGGGCGUUCCCUUGACGCUCGAAUCCUACCCCAAGUCGAUCGACGUCGCCUACAAAAACGCGCGCAUCACCGUCUCCCGCUUUCCGCACGGCGGGAAAAGGCACUGCCAAAAGAUGACCUUCAAGCUGAUCGACCGUGUAUAUCGCGAGUACCUGAAGCGCAACGACAACCUGUUCAUCCUGUUCAUCGACUCGGACUGCAUCCUCGACAAGGUGUGUCUGCAGAACUUCGUCUACGACAUGGAGCUCAGCCCGGGCAACCGGCGCGACAUGCUGGCCAUGACGGGGGUGAUCACCUCCACGACGCAGAAGCAUAGCUUGAUCACCCUGUUGCAGGACAUGGAGUACAUCCACGGGCAGCUGUUCGAGCGCACCGUCGAGUCCGGGUGCGGCGCCGUCACCUGCUUGCCGGGCGCUUUAACCAUGCUCCGGUUUUCUGCUUUCAGGAGAAUGGCCAAGUACUACUUCGCCGAUAAAGCGGAGAACUGCGAAGAUCUGUUCGACUACGCAAAGUCGCACUUGGGCGAGGACCGCUGGCUGACGCACCUGUUCAUGAUCGGAGCCAAGAAGCGGUACCAGAUCCAGAUGUGCACGUCCGCCUUCUGCAAGACCGAAGCCGUCCAAACGAUGGCGUCGCUGAUCAAGCAGCGGCGCCGGUGGUUUUUGGGAUUCAUCACCAACGAAGUGUGCAUGUUGACGGACUGGCGGCUGUGGAAGCGGUAUCCAAUCUUGAUCCUGGUGCGCUUCAUGCAAAACACCAUUCGCACCACAGCGCUGCUCUUCUUCAUCAUGGUCCUCGCCCUGAUCACCACCACAAAAAAAAUCGACGACCUCCCCGUUGGUUUCAUCGCCAUCUCGCUGGGUCUCAACUGGCUGAUGAUGAUUUACUUCGGCGCCAAACUGCGCCGCUUCAAGAUCUGGUUGUACCCCAUGAUGUUCGUCCUCAACCCCUUCUUCAACUGGUACUACAUGAUCUACGGCAUCUUCACCGCCGGCCAGCGCACGUGGGGCGGCCCGCGCGCCGACGCCGCAGCCGCCGACUCGACCACCACCGCGCAGGAAGCCAUUGAGAUUGCCGAGAAGACAGGUGACGACCUUAACAUCGUUCCGGAAUCAUUCAUCCCCGCCGCUCAGGAGCGCAAGGGCAUCCUGUCGUCAGAAGACAAGGGCUUCACCACGGGCACUAGCACCGGCGGCGGCCUCGGCCGCUCCAAGAGCAUCCUCCAACCGCCAGACAAGCUGGUCGGCAAGUUUGCUGCGCCCGAGCGGUCUGCAAACGGGAUGUAUCAGCACUUUGACGACUCCAUGGCUUCCGUCAGUUUGUUUACCCACGCUGGCGGGUCCUCAUUGAUGUUACCUACCGUAGCCGGUUCCGCGACUACUAGCAAGCGACACCACCAUCAGCAUCAGCAUUCCCAGCAGCAAUACCACCCACAGCAAUAUCACCACCAACACCAACUCCAACACCGUGACUCCUUUGAUAGCACCUUCUCCAUGCACACUACCGGCGCAAACAGCAUGUCAGUGUACAUGCCCCGUCGAGUAGAAAGUAUCAUGGGGGAAGAAGACCGGAGGAAGUACGAGCUGGCGCAGGCUAGCUCGGGACACCUGGUUUCCGGCAACCCUACCCGCGUGUUGGGACCGCAACAGCAGCAACCUCCCCCCGGCCAGGUGUACGAGUUUUCUGAAUCGGAACUGAGAAGAGCUGGGUUUUAUACCGACGCGGUACCAGAUUAUGGACGGCCAGCGCUACCUUCGGGGUCACCGCAGCCGCAGCCGCAUCGUAGGUUGGCGAGCAGUGACAGUUUUGACUCCGUUGGGCGGCCGUCUGGUUCUCCUACCCCUUAUCAGGAUCAUGGGUAUGCACAAGAAGGAUAUGGACAGAGGCAGCAAGGAGGAGGAUCAGGGUCGUUUUCUGUGCCUAUGCCACCUGCUCCAGCUCCGAGCGGAACAGGUCAUCAGCAGCAACAACAAACGGGGAGGAGUCCCCUGGGUAGAGCGAGCUGGGUGAGGACGUCGACUAUGGACCAGGUUGAGAGUGAGAUUGAAGCGUCACACGGUAGGUUUUCUGACGCCCCUGGGCAUGGAAGGAGAGGAGGGCAGGGGCAGAGUUCGAGGGGAUAG